AUGGUCUCGCGCUCGCUGCGGAUCAUUGGUGCAGAGUGGCAAACGCAAGCCGGCAACGUGAGGUACGAUGGUGGACAUCGCCAGCAAGACCGACGCGGCCCAGGCCUCCAGACUCCACUGUAUCAAGGCAACGAGGGCUCCGGCAUCCAAGGCGGCCGUCAGGGCCAAGGCUGGCAGGGAGACAGGCAGUGGGACUUGUCUCCCAGCGACAACUACGGCGAUCCUGGCUCUCAGGAUGACAAUGUCAGUGGAGGCGCAUACGGCACUGGCCGCAACCUCGGAAGCGCGACGACGCAGAAUGAGCAAACUGCCGACGAUUCGACUGGAGGUCCCGGUGGUCCCGGCGGCAAACCUUCUUCGGUACAGCGUCUGAAGGGUGGCGCGCAGGAGGCGGCAGGCAAGGCCACGCGCAAUGAAGGUCUGGUCGAGCGCGGCCAGCAGGAGAAGUCUGAACGGUGA